UAGUUAUAGGCUUAUAGCUUUCGACUAGUUCGUGCCUCGUGGCGGACGGCGGUCGGUGCCAUUUGGCAUAUUAUUCAAUUAAUUAUGGUUAAUUUUGAAAUAAAUAUUAUUGAUUAAUUAUCUUAAUUCGUAAUUCAUGAAUCGUUGAGAAAAUGGGCAUAAAAUAAUUAUUAUUCUCCGAACAUGUAUUUAAAUACUUAUGCAAUCCUACUUGAUAGUAUAAACUUACUACCUAUAAAGUGUUGACAGAUCAAAUGUUUAAUAAAUAAUUCUACUGAUCUACUUUUAAAUAAUAUUUAAAAAUGCGUACCAAGUAUUGGACUAGUGCAAAAAUAUUUGCAAAAACUUUUCAUUCUUCCAGCAUUAGAUUUAAAGCUACAGUAAUUGAUGGGAAAAGUAUUGCUAAUACUAUAUUAAAUGAGCUACGCCAAGAGACUCAAGAAUGGGUUUUGAAAGGGAAUCGGGCUCCCUGUUUAGUAGCAGUAUUAGUUGGACAAAAUCCAGCUAGUAAAAUUUAUGUGUCAAACAAAAUGAAAGCUGCUAAAGUUGUUGGUAUAGAAACAAAAACAAUUAAGUUCAGUGCAUCAACAAGUGAAAACGAGCUACUUGCAUGUGUCAAUAGUUUAAAUCACGAUGGAAAUGUUGAUGGAAUUCUAGUCCAGUUACCACUUCCUGAUCAUAUUACUGAACGAACUUUAUGCAAUGCUGUAGCACCACACAAGGAUGUUGAUGGUUUCAACAUUGUUAAUAUUGGAAGAUUUUGUUUAGAUAUGCAAUGUUUGGGACCAUGCACACCAUUGGGUGUUCAUGAGUUAAUUAGACGAACUGGAAUUCCUACUCUUGGUAAAAAUGCUGUUGUUUGUGGAAGAUCAAAAAAUGUUGGUAUGCCUAUUUCUAUGUUGCUUCAUGCAGAUAAUGCAGGCGAGACAUCAGCAAUGGAUGCAACAACAACAAUAUGCCAUCGAUAUACACCGCCAGAUCAAUUAGCUUUAUUUACAAAAACCGCCGAUAUUAUUGUAUCAGCAGCAGGUGUUCCGAAUUUAAUUCGUGCUGAUAUGGUUAAACCAGGAGCAGCAAUCAUUGAUGUAGGAAUAACCAGGGUAGAGGACCCGAAAACGUCCAAAUCGUAUUUAGUAGGUGAUGUUGACUUUGAAAAUGUAAAAGAAGUUGCAGGAUACAUAACACCAGUACCUGGAGGAGUUGGUCCAAUGACAGUGGCAAUGUUAAUGCGUAAUACAAUUGCUGCUGCUAAAAAAACUGUGAUUUACAACAUACUUGAUCCUGGUGCAGUUAUAUACAAACAGGCAUCACAGAUAAAACCAUGAAUGCAAAUCUAGAUUGGAUGAAAACAUUUUUAUUGAAUGAUAUUUCUUAUGUGAUUGAAAUAAAUAAAUGAAAGAUACAUUUAA